UUCUAUUAAUUAUUAUAUCGCUAGGAUUGUAUUCAAAAACUCUGCUUCUUACUUAUUAACCCUCUUCUUCCUUCUCAUUCAAACUCCAAUCUUCUUCUUCUUCGAGAGAGAGAGAGAGUGAGAUGGGGAAUUGCCAAGCCGUAGACGCUGCGGCGCUGGUCAUACAGCAUCCGUCCGGGAGGCAAGAGAGGCUAUAUUGGCAGAUCCCGGUGAGUGAAAUCAUGAGAAUGAAUCCCGGUCAUUAUGUUUCUCUCAUCAUUCCAUUGCCUGUGUCUGAGGAUCAACAAGGGAAUCAACCUCAGAAUACCGUGCGUUUCACUCGUGUUAAGCUUCUCCGGCCGACCGAAACUCUCACCCUCGGCCAUGCUUAUCGCCUUAUCACUUCUCAAGAUGUUAUGAAGGUCACGAGAGCCAAGAAAUAUGCAAAAACGAAAAGGGAAUCCAUGAAAAAGUUUCAGCACCAUGGACAAGACAACCUAAGUUCAAGAAGAAAGUCUGACGCAGAGACCACCAACCAAGAACCGAAGCAUGAAAGACAAAGCUCAAGCAAAACACCUGUGAACGCCGCUACAAUGAGGUCAAAAUCAUGGCGGCCGUCAUUACAGAGCAUCUCUGAGGCUGGAAGUUAAUGAUGUUUAUGUUUUUCAGGUUCCAUUUGUAAGGUGUAGAUUAGGUUUUGAGAAUGACAACGAACCGCGUCUUUUGUUUAAUGAAGACCCAACAUUAGGGGGAAUGGAAAUUCACCGGUUGAAUGAAGGUGAUAACCCAGAUUUUUCUACUUGCAAUGAAAGCUCCCAAAUUGAAAUCUGUUUGUAGAAAUAAAAAACAUGUAUAGCUUCUCAGUUCAGAAGAGCCUUGGAUUUUACAUUGUGUU